AUGGCCGAAACAGCAACCAUGACAGUCCGUGACAUCGUCAGCGAGUCGACUCUUCUGCCCGUCCUGCAGAUUAGUGCAGACGCCCAUAGCGAGUGCCAGAAGCUCCUUGCCCUGAUUGAUCCGAACAAUGCCGGUGCGUCGACCGUUCCGUUGUCGCAGGACACCAUAGCUGCAGUCUCCAGACAGCAGAAAAUCCUAUACUCGCUUCUCGCCCAGCUGCGUGGCUUGAAUCGCGAUGCCAUUUUCCGAGUCCGCGAGACGAAACAGUCGACCGCGGAGGCGCGUCAAGAAAUUGACCGUCUGCAUCUUCAAUUACAGAAUCUCUACUAUGAGCAGAAGCAUUUGAUAGGCGAGAUCGCGGCCUGUGAAUCUUACGAUCACAAGUAUUUGUCUCUCCCACUUAUUCCGGUGGAGGAAUUCCUCGAGCUAUUCCCCGAACACACCGACUCAGAUGCACACGAGCUCAUGAUUGCGCGUAUAAAUCACGAGCAUGCCGAGCGAGAAAAGUUGGAGCAGGCGAGGCAAGAACUACUUAAACGCAAGCAAGCCUUGAUUGCGGAGAACAAGAAACGAAAAGACGACUUGGCGAACUUGGAUCAGGAUCUAGAACGGUUUAUCGAUGCCGCAAAACCGAUCCAGAAGAUUUUCGAGAAGGAGUAUUAG